AUGUCCACUAAAAUCAGGUUUCUCAAUUGCACCAAUUAAUGAUUGUGCUUGUAAUUGAGCUUUCUUUGUCAAUAACCAAGCUAAAGAUGAACACAAAAGGCUGAGUGUCUUUCCAGUGCCUGUAACAUUUUCAUGAAGAGUUAUAAUAUUUUAAUUAUAUAAUAACUUAAUUAUAUAUAACAACAACAAAACAAAAAAAAAUGAAAUAGUACCGGUUGGAGAUUCCAAAACACCAUUUUUAUUAUUUUGAAGACAUUCUAUCACUUUUGCCAUAUAUUCCUCUUGUAUCGGAUAUGGUUUAAAAGGGAAACUUACAAUAACAUUAUUAAUUGUCACGUCUGGCAUUGUAUCGUUAUAAAUUUUUCGAGACACAUGAAAUGUUUACAGUAUAAAAAACGAGUAAAAUAUUAACAUUCAUACAACUAUUAAGAUCACGUUCGCGCCAAAUUCUGAACUACAGCGCCUUCCAAAUGAUCCUUUAUUUAUGCAUCUGUGUAUAUACAAAUUCAUGUAUAUUUGUUUCGACGCGUCCACAUAUAAUUAAUUUUUCUUUUUAGAAUAAUAAUAAAAAAAAAAUAGUAGUAAAUAUAUGCAUUUUUUAAAUUUCGUAAAAAUUGCAUUUAAAUAGUAAGAAUAAAGAGACAUUUUUAUUUUCGAUAAACACUUUUUAUCGUGAAUGAGAUCACGUGCUAGGAACUUAUCAGCCAGCUUGUUAUACAAAGGAAUUUAUUUUUAAGUAUCAACAAUUUUAUUUAUAAACAAAAUAUUAAAUCUUUUGCAAAGUAGCAAAAGUUCAAGAUUAAUUCAGUCAUAUAUCAGCUGAUUUCGUGCUGGGCGACGGUUAUAAAAGCAGUUCUUAAUUUUCCUCCUUUAUCAGUAUAUAUUUUUAUUAUGCUUCGUUUCUUCCAAUAGGUACGCAUCAUUGCAUCCUGCAUUUGUCAGUAUAUUCAAAUUUGUAAUAAUUAAUUUAUUGAAAUUUAACUCAAACGAUUUGUUUCGGAAGGCUAACAAUCAUUGGUUAUUGACCUUUAAAAUAAGCUACGAAAGAUCAUUCGACAUUCUUGCAUUUAAACAUGCGCACUAUAUAGACACAAUAAAUACAUAUCCGAAUAAGUUCUUAAUAAGAAAACACUCAGUCAACAUAAUUUUAAAAUGCGUUUAGUGAUCUGUGAUACAGCAGAUUAUGUGGCAGAAUGGUCUGCUAAAUAUGUUUUAAAAAGAAUUAAUGAUUUCCAACCAAAUCAAGAUAAAUAUUUUGUUCUUGGUCUUCCAACAGGUGGUACACCUUUAGGAAUGUAUAAAAAGCUUAUAGAAUAUUAUAAGGCAGGAAAAAUUUCCUUCAAGUAUGUAAAAACCUUUAAUAUGGAUGAAUAUGUUGACUUGCCCAGGGAUCAUCCAGAAUCUUAUCAUUAUUAUAUGUAUAAUAAUUUUUUUAAACAUAUAGAUAUAGAUCCAGAAAAUGUGCACAUUCUUGAUGGUAAUGCACCCGAUCUUGUAAAGGAAUGUGAUGAUUUUGAAAAUAAAAUUAGAGAAGCUGGUGGCAUUGAAUUGUUUAUCGGUGGUAUUGGUCCAGAUGGUCACAUAGCUUUCAAUGAACCAGGUUCUUCUUUAGCAUCACGUACAAGAGUAAAAACAUUGGCUCAAGAUACGUUAGAAGCCAAUGCAAGAUUUUUUGGAAAUGAUAUUUCCAAAGUUCCAAAUCAAGCAUUGACUGUUGGUGUUGGUACAGUGAUGGAUGCCAAAGAAGUGAUGAUUCUUAUCACAGGAUCUCAUAAAGCAUUUGCUCUUUAUAAAGCAAUAGAAGAAGGGAUCAACCAUAUGUGGACUGUAUCAGCUUUUCAGCAACAUCCUCGUACAAUAAUUAUUUGUGAUGAGGAUGCUACUCUAGAAUUACGCGUGAAGACAGUAAAAUAUUUCAAGAAUUUGUGGAAUAUCCAAAGUAAAGUUGACUAAAAUGGGAAAAUAUUGAUUUAAAAUAAUAUAAAAUAAUAUAAAAUAUUAUUGUUAUACAUAUAUAAAAAUGCAUACAGCCUUGUAUAAAAAGGAUUUGAAUGCACGUGACGAAUUUUUUAAAUUACAUAAUGUAUAUAUGCACAUUAUGUGAACCAAUUGAUAUGAAAAUUUUAUAAAAUAUAAGUAUAUAUACUUGUUUCAAUAAAACAGAAAUUAUAAUAUUGUUAUUGUUCCAUUGUUAUAUCUUUUCAGAAAUAAACUUAUUUUUUUUAUCACAAAA